GUGAGUUUACCCAUUUCAGUGAGCAAUGCGGGUGGCUCCACAAGCUCGAAUCCGAACAGAUAACCAGAAGGUAGUGAAAGUGGAAUUGGGACUUGGGAGGGAGGUUUCAGUGCUUUGCCACUCUCAAUUCUCAAGUCUCACCAUGGCUGCAAAUGCGUCCUUCCUUAUCCUCCACCCACGUCUCAACCUCUACCUUAAACCCUCCGCUGCCAUUCUCCUUCCCUCCCGCUUAAACCUCUCUCUUAAACACUUAUCUCAAGCCCCAAAUCCUUCUCAACGCUUGUCCUUAUUUCUCGCUAAAAACCAAAAUCGCGGAUUCCGCAUUCCCGAACUUUUCAUCUCUCGAAACCCUAGGAAACACUAUUCAUCGUCUUGUUCAGCACAAUCUAGUAGCUUGAAUUCAUAUGACAAUGGUGGUGGCGGAGGCAGGUCUGGAGCUCUGUCGUCGCCUCCCGUCGUCGAAUUGUCAGAGAAGAUCGAUGUCAAUCCUCCGAAAGGAACCAGAGACUUUCCACCUGAGGAAAUGCGUCUCCGAAGUUGGCUUUUCCAUAAUUUCAGAGAGGUUUCUAGGUUGUUUGGAUUUGAAGAGGUUGAUUAUCCGGUGCUCGAGUCAGAGGCGCUCUUCAUUAGAAAGGCCGGGGAGGAGAUCAGAGACCAGUUAUACAGUUUUGAGGACCGGGGAAAUCGUCGUGUUGCUUUGAGACCUGAACUGACUCCUUCUUUGGCAAGGCUUGUGAUACAGAAAGGAAAAUCUGUCUCACUCCCAUUGAAAUGGUUUGCCAUUGGGCAGUGUUGGCGUUAUGAGCGGAUGACAAGAGGACGGCGCCGUGAACACUACCAGUGGAAUAUGGAUAUAAUUGGUGUUCCUGAAGUUACAUGGAAAAGAUUCCCAUGGAUGAGAUCAAGAUGGAACUUAAAUCUGCUGGGAUAACAGAAGAAGCUAUUGAGGAUUUACUGCAAGUUUUGUCUGUUAAGUCAUUGGACAAAUUGGAAGAGGUGCUUGGAGCUGCAGGGGAUGCUGUUGCUGAUUUGAAACAACUCUUUUCACUAGCUGAAAAGUUCGGCUAUUCUGAAUGGAUUCAGUUUGAUGCAUCUGUUGUCCGUGGCCUUGCCUAUUAUACUGGUAUCGUCUUUGAGGGAUUUGAUAGAGAAGGAAAACUACGAGCUAUUUGUGGUGGUGGGCGAUAUGACCGACUGCUCUCCACAUUUGGCGGUGAUGACAUUCCAGCAUGUGGCUUUGGGUUUGGAGAUGCUGUCAUUGUGGAAUUGCUCAAGGAUAAGGGGCUUUUACCAGAUCUUGGCCCCCAGGUAGAGAAUAUUGUGUGCUCACUCGACCAGGAGCUCCAAGGAGCUGCUGCCACAGUUGCAACCAUCCUGAGACAGAAAGGCCAAAGUGUUGACCUUGUCUUGGACAACAAACCUCUAAAAUGGGUGUUCAAGCGCGCUGCUAGGAUAAAUGCUGGCAGACUGAUCUUGGUGGGAAAUUCAGAGUGGCGAAGAGGAAUGGUUGGUGUAAAAAUCCUCUCGACUGGUGAACAGUAUGAGAUCAAACUAAACGAGCUAGAAUGAUGAUUAAUUCAUCUGUGAUAAUUUUGUUUUUUGUAUUUAUUUUGAUAAGUGUCUUACAAUUUAUCAAAUUUCUAAUGCUAAUUGUUUAAUCAUUCUUUUUAUUUGGUUGGAAAUCGUUUAAUCGUUCAAGUUGAUCCAAAGGUUCUCUCU